AUGCAAAAGAAUAUAUCGGAAAACGGAAAUCAAAAUGAUUUGAUGAAAGAGAAUAAACCAGAUGGGAAAUCGAAUGAUUUAAAUGACGAUAACAUGUACAUAUUUGAUGAGCCGGAUGACGAACUGGAAGAAUUUGAGGAAAUGGGCAGUAUAGCUUUGAAUGUGGACACAGAUUUGGAAAACUGGGAAGAGGACUGGGGGGCAGUAGGCUGGGAUGAUGAUGAUGACGAUGAUGAUAAAUUUAUUUUAAAAGUUGAAUCGGAAUUGCAGAAAUUUAAAGCCAGUUUAGAUGCCGAAAAGGACGUGCCAAAAUAA